GCUGGUUUCAGGAGCAGUGUCUUCAUUCUUGUCCUGCUCUUGACCCUGGCUCUUGGCCCCAGAGGUGGUGGCCACGUCUAGGUCCACCAGCUGAUGGCCAUACCUUGCCUUCAGUGCCACUCCCCUCUGUCCUUGGAACUGGGACCUAACUGUGCCUGAGCCCCCUUGGAUCACACUCAGGAGCUUGGGCUGAUAGCCCCUCAUCUCAGGAGGUCUUAGCAGGAAGGCAGAUGGGUCCCAGCUAAGGGAAGCUCUGGCCUGCAGAAAGAAGCCCUGGGGGCUGGAGGGGUUGGUGGGCACCUGAGCUGACCUGGAUACCCACCUUUCUCCUAAGCCAUCUCCCCACCAGGGGCAACUUUCAUGGAGAAACGCCCCUGUUAGUAGGCCGCAUUCAUGGCAUGUGGCCAAGCUGCUGGAGGGAUGCCCUGAAGCGGCCACCACCAUGCAUUUCCCCUCCGAAGCCUUCAGCUUGUCUUGGCAUUCCGGCUGCAACACAGGUGACGUGUGUGUGCAGUGGUGCCCACUCUCCCGGCACUGUAGCACUGAGAAAAGCAGCUCCAUUGGCAGCAUGGAGAGCCUGGAACAACCAGGCCAAGCUACCUAUGAGGGGCACCUUUUGCCCAUUGAUCAGAACAUGUACCCCAACCAGCGUGACUCAGCCUAUAGUUCCUUCUCAGCCAGCUCAAAUGCCUCUGACUGUGCCCUUUCCCUCAGGCCAGAGGAGCCAGGCUCUGCAGACUGCGUCAUGCAAGGCUCGGGGCCAGCUAAAGCCCCUAAUGGCCGGCCCAGUGUAGCUGAGACCUCAGGAGGUAGCCGGCGCCCCAGUGGGAGCCACCCGACUCUCAGCUCCCAGAUGUCAUCCUGCCCAGAGGAAGGCCACCACUCAGAGCCUGCCAAAGCUGCCAGAGGCCCACCACAGCCUCCAGUGAGGCGAGAUAGCCUGCAAGCCUCCAGAGCCCAACUCCUCAAUGGAGAGCAGCGCAGGGCUUCUGAGCCUGUGGACUCCUUGCAGCAGGAGAAAGUGAGCUUAGACACUGUGCUAUCCCCAAGGAACUCUAACAGGUUCUGCUGCCUCAGUGGGCAAGACCAAGUGACAAAUGAGGGCCAUCAGAACUGUGAGCUCAGCCAAACUCCUGAAUCCAGCCAGCAGGACUCUGAGCAUCUAAUAAUGGAGGCCUCAGCCAAAGCUGCUGGAUUCCCAAAAGCAUGUGACAAAGCUUCCAGCAUAGAUUACAGCCCACUCAACAAGGCUUCAGCAGAGCUAGCUAAGGCUUCCUUUGGCGGCCCCCCACACCUCACAGGACCCACAGGGCAUCGCCAUAGUGCCCCUGAACAGCUGCUGGCAUCCCAUUUACAGCAUGGACACCUCGAUACCAGGGGCAGCAAGGGAACAGAGCUCCCAGUUGGGCACGAUGGCCAUGAGUGGACUCUGUCACCCCUGCAUAGCAGCCAUACAGGAAAGAAAAGUCCAUGUCCCCCUACAGGAGGAACCCAGGACCAACACAGUAAAGAAAGAAAAGCCAGGCAAGUGGAUGAUAGGCCUUUGUGUUCGGGGCACCAGAGCCCAAGCAGUUCCCCACUUGGAGAAGCUGAUGGACACCCUCCAGAAAAAGGUUUCCAGGACCCAAACAGAGCAAGUGGAGCAGGCAAUGAAUCAGCCAGCCAGCAGCCCUCUGCCUCUGGCUCCCUCAUCCAACAAACCAGGGAUUGUUCUUCAACCACUAAAGUAGCUGGCAGCACAGAGGCUACUGAAGAAGGGGACAGUGAACCCAAGGAAUGUGGCUGGGUGGGUGGUAGGCGGCACGGAGGUCCUCGGGGCCGCUCAAUCCAAAACCGGCGCAAGAGUGAGCGUUUUGCUACCAAUCUGCGUAAUGAAAUUCAGAGGAGGAAGGCCCAGCUCCAGAAAAGCAAGAAUUCCCUGUCACAGCUGUGUGACACUCAGGAGCCUGUGGAAGAGACUGAGGAGCCCCUAGAAAGUCCUCCACCUCCCACCUCUAACUCAUCUCUUCUAUCUUCAUAUAAAAAACCACCUAGCCCCAGAGACAAGCUCUUCACCAAGAGUAUGAUACUCAGGGCUAGGUCUUCAGAGUGUCUUAGCCAAGCCCCAGAGAGCCAUGAAUCUAGGACAGGCUUGGAGGGACAAAUAAGCCCUGGUCAAAGGCCUGGCCAGCCUUCUUUGGGCCUGAACACCUGGUGGAAAGUGUCUGACUCAUCCCCCUCUGACUCUGAGAAAACCAAUGUUCACCGUGGAGUCCGUGGAGGCCAUUGGAGAUGGUCUCCAGAGCACAACCUGCAGCCACACGUGGCACUAGCCAUGGAAAGCCCUUCUAACCUGGGUGAUAGCAAAGAAUUGAAGGCUUCUACUGCCCCAGCUGGGGAGGAAGCCAUCCUCCUGCCCUUCGCAGACAGAAGAAAGCUCUUUGAGGAGGGUAGCAAAUCCUUAUCUACAUCCCAUUUGCCAGGUUUAACCACUCAUAGCAGUAAAACUUUUACCCAGAGACCAAAACCUGUAGACCCAAACUUCCAGCCACUGAGCUCCAGCUAUCGGGAAUUAAGGCACCAUCCGAUGGACCAAUCGUAUCAUGCCACAGACCAAUCAUAUCAUUCUGUGUCACUUCUGCAGUCAGAAACUCCGCCCUACUCAGAAUGUUUUGCAAGCAAAGGUCUAGAACAGUCCAUGUGCUGCAAGCCACUGCACUGUGGUGAUUUUGAUUACCACAGGACCUGCUCUUACUCCUGCAGCGUCCAGGGCGCCAUAGUCCAUGAUCCUUGCAUGUAUUGUUCUGGGGAGAUCUGUCCCGCUUUGCGAAAGAGAAACAUGAUGCCCAACUGCUACAACUGUUGGUGCCACCACCACCAAUGUUUCCGGUGCUCAGCCUGCUAUCACAAUCCCCAGCACAAUAGCCCUGAGGAUGGCAGCUUGGUACCUGGCAACACUUGGAAACCCAGGAAGCCAACAAUGCAGGAAUUUCCUGGGGACAAAUGGAAACCAAUAACAGGAAACAGGAAGACCAGCCAGUCAGGGAGGGAAAUGGCUCAUCCCAAGGCUAGCCUUUCAUGGGCAACCCCGUUCCACCCUUGCCUUGAGAACCCACCACUGGACUUGUCAAGCUACCGAGCGAUCUCUUCCCUUGACCUUCUUGGAGACUUCAAGCACUCCUCGAAAAAAACAGAUGAAACUUCUCUUUAUGAGGAGGGGCGCUCCAUGGCCUCUGUGCCUUACCCGCUACGUAGCCGGGCCUUCUCAGAGAGCCAUAUCAACUUGGAGCCUCAGAGCUCCCGGGCCUGGGGGCAGCACAGGAGGGAGCUCUUCACCAAAGUUGAUGAGACCCAGCCUGAUCCUCUGGGAGCCAGGAAGAAGGCAUUUCCUCCUCCUCGCCCUCCUCCUCCCAACUGGGAGAAGUACAGGCUCUUUCGUGCAGUCCAGCAGCAGCAGCAGCAGCAGCAGCAAGAGGAAGAGGCAGAGGAUGAAGAAGAUGAAGAACAGGAAGAAAGGGGGGAAAAGGGGGGGGAGGAGGAGGAGCUGCCACCCCAGUAUUUCAGUUCAGAAACCACUGGUAUGAGUGCCCUCCAUCCCGAAGAGGUCCUGGAACAGCCACAACCCUUGGGCUUUGGUCAUUUGGAGGCUCCAAGGCAGGGCCUGCCAAGCUUUCCGGCAGAGCAAGAGUCCUUUGAUCUCCAUCCUGGCAAUUUCCUGCCUCCAAUAAGGAGCCACUUGGGAUCUCCACCAGAGAAGGCUCAGCACCCUGGCUAUUAUGGUACUGGUAGGCUUUGGAGGACAUCCGAGAAGGAGACCACUGACUCCCCCAAACCAGAAGCCCUGAUUGCAGAAGAGUCCAAACCCAAGGCAGCAUGGAGCCAGAACUACUUCUUUCCUGAGGAGCAGUUCUCUUGUAUGGGCUGGGGCUCUGAGAAGCAGCAUCUCAGCCCUUCAGGCUUCAGUGAACCCAAGACAACAGGACAAGAAUUUCAGCACUUCUCACCUCCUCUGGGGGCUCCAGGAAUCCCUACCUCUUACUCAGCUUAUUACAAUAUUUCUGUGGCCAAAGCAGAAUUGUUGAACAAGUUGAAAGACCAGCCUGAGAUGGCAGAGAUUGGCCUGGGAGAGGAAGAAGUUGACCCUGAACUGGCUCAAAAAAAGAUACAGCUUAUUGAAAGCAUUGGCAGAAAACUCUCUGUCCUGAGGGAGGCCCAGCGAGGACUGCUAGAGGACAUCAGUGCCAACUCUGCCCUUGGGGAGGAGGUGGAAGCCAACCUAAAAGCGAUCUGCAAAUCCAAUGAGUUUGAAAAAUAUCGUUUGUUUAUUGGGGACCUGGACAAAGUGGUCAACCUGUUGCUGUCGCUCUCUGGACGACUGGCCCGGGUGGAGAAUGCUCUCAACAGCAUUGAUGCAGAGGCCAACCAGGAGAAGUUGGUGCUGAUAGAGAAGAAGCAGCAGCUAACAGGGCAGUUGGAAGAUGCCAAGGAGCUGAAGGAGCAUGUGGACCGUCGGGAGAAGUUGGUGUUCGGCAUGGUCUCCCGCUACCUGCCUCAGGACCAGCUCCAAGAUUACCAGCACUUUGUGAAGAUGAAAUCUGCUCUCAUCAUCGAACAGCGAGAGCUGGAAGAGAAGAUCAAGCUUGGGGAAGAGCAGCUCAAAUGUCUCAGGGAGAGCCUACUCCUGGGGCCCAGCAAUUUCUAAUUCUACAAGUGGACUGACACGCCAUUCCUGCCCAGCCACAAUGGGAAGUGCUUUCAAUGUUCUUUUUGCAGUUUGUUAGCAAGUAGAUAGCAGUUAGUUAGCAGUAUGUUCCAUAACCUCUACCUUGGACAUCUCUCGCUGCCCCUUACCUAGCAUUGCUCCCAACUGGCUAGGAGGCCCUAGGGAUUCCCCAGACUUCUACCCUACAGAGUAGAAGCAAGAAGUUGGAGCUGCCAGCAGCAAGGUGUGAUUAUACAACCACACUCUCCUUCCCACAGUUUGCACAGGCAAGCACUCACUGCACACAGAACCUACUGUGUGCCUUCAUUCUUGGUACAGGGACUCCAAAGACAUCAUGCACUCACUACCCACGCACACCACAAUCAGCCUGCCAGGCUCAGAGAGAAGCUGCCUGUGCAGCUCCAUUCUGCCCAAGGCUUGUAGCCUGGCCAUUUCCCACAGAGACCUGGCUCUCUUGAGGGCUUAGCUUACCAGCAAUUUAAGGUCCUCACAAUAAGCUUUACAGUGGGAAGCACAGAAGGAGAAAUUACACCAAACAAAAUGUGAGGAAAGAUUGGGAAUCCUGAGGUGCCCUGCCAGAGCUGAGUUUAAACAAAUUGGCUCCACUCCUGCCUUCCCCAGCAUCUGGUUGAGGGGGAAGGAGCCCUACUCUCAGCCCUGGCUAGUGUGGUCCUCCUCCUGUCCAAAGAUUUUUGGCCUACUGUUUCUGUUCCAUCCUGCCUGUCAUUGCUGGAGGUUACAAGUGCCUGCUCUAAGGAUUCCACGCUAUGGGCCAUUAAUAAUAGAUCUACUAAAGCUGACUUCUGGAUAAAGAUUUCCUAAUUGGGGUGAGGGGUUCUUUGUUGUAUUUUAAAUGGCCUUUUGAUUUUUAUUUAUUUUUAUGUUUUUAUUUUUUCCCUUUUUUUAAACUAAUAAGGCGAGAAGAGGGGAGUUGGAGAAGGAAAAAUAAUCCCAGAAGGAAAGCAUUUUCUGCAGAUCAGCCUGAAUUCACCAUGGCUAGAUGAGCGAGUGUCAAAUCCCUGAAUUCUUCCCACUAAAGCUUUCAGGUGUCUAAGAAAGGAGUUCUAGUCUUGAACUCAGCUGACAAUGGCCAGGCCCUAUACUUUUCUUGAUGUCAGGGUAACCAUAAGCUUAGCAUUCCCUGACGAGUUCAGUUUUAUUUUCUUAUUUUUUCUUGAAACCAAAGAAAUCUAAAACUGACAAAGUUUUGCCCAUUUCUCUAUGAUCUCCCAUCUAAGGAAUUGGGUAGAAGUGAGCUCAGGAGGAGAUCUUCCAUCUCACAGUUGCUUUCUCCAGUGUGUGGCCUGACUCAGAGAACUGAAACUCGUGGUAUCUGGAAGUUUCAGCCAGGGCCCCCCCCCCACCCCCAGCCCCUGCCACCACCCAGAGCAAAUUACAACCCAGCCAGAAUUUUAGGCACACAAACAACUAAUGCUGCUGUUGUUGCCAAGGCCCUGACACCACUAGCCAUCUGCUGUCCUGGAAAAUCCCUCGUGUAGGCAAUGGCAGGAUAGGAGUCAUGGACAAACUCUGGCCUAUUAUCCAGCUCAGUUCCCUGUUGUUCCUCACUCACUGGUGCCCAUGGUUCGUAUUGCAAAGCCUUGCUCAGCAAGCCCUGGCAUCGCUUCUAUUUACUCCUGGGUUCUUUGAGGGGUCCUUGGAGGUUAACUGUAGCAGCAGGGGUGCCUCAUUCAACCAAAGAAUUUACCAAAGAACUUUGCUGCUGCUACAAAUACUGAUCUCUAGCAUCCUCCUUUUCCUCUUCAUUGUAUUUAGAAACAAUGGAAGAAUCUUGGCCAACAGGGUGUCCUGAAGGGGGCCCUGGGUAUGCUCUUAGUACACUGCUGCUGUUGGAACCACUGUUAAAAUGUCAACCUGCCAUUCUGCCCUCAAAUGGAGGAGUCUACUCUAUUCAGGAAGGCCGAUGGCUUGUAAAGGCCUGGGCUUACCCAAGCCAAAGUUGAUGAAGGUGGGAGAGUGUUAUGAAUAGAAGCUGCAGUUGCCAUCUGCUUUUUUUCUUAAACAGGCUCUAAAAUAAACAAUGAGUAAGUUGAGAUGUCCUAUAUAGUGGGCUGAGGCCAAAUAUAAUCCAUCAUUCUCAUCAUUCUAAGAUUUGGGGGGCUAGGGCAGCUUUUUAGGCUGGGGAAAGGCCCAGGGAAAAGAGUGGUCACUUCACCUAGACAUGAUAACUAUGGUCUGAGUUGUUCUAGUCAGCAUUAGAUUGGUUUUACAUGAAAUUUAUCACACUAAAAGUACUAUUGACUGUGUUAUUUUUGUCUCUCAUCCCACCUGAGAUUAGAGUUGGGAUCAGAGCACAAGAAUGCUCAUUUUCACACAGAAGGACAGUUUCUAAAGCACUUAAUAAAAUAACCCCAAAACUAUACUGAGAAGUGAAGCUUGGCAGAGAAAGGUGAGCUACCAAACAGCAACUAAUGCCCCAUGCUACUGACAUGAGUGAUAUUGGUCCAGAGCUGCCAGGAUUACUCAAAAUGCAGCAUCUCUCCCCUGUUCUCAUUUCCUGGGCUCAGCCCUCUUCCAAGACCAGCCAGUGUAUACAGUUUGGAAGGGAGGCCAAGGAGAUUCCCCAGAUGGUUACUGGUCUUGACCUCUGCCUUCUAUUUCAAAUCCUCAUACAGGCCCUGGUGGGUAACAGGUUGAUAUAGAGAGAGUAGUCUGUGCAAGAGCUACUAUCACUUGUCCCUUCCUACUCCCCCAUCCCAAUCCUGAGGGUCUGGGUAAAUUGUGUCUCCUUGAGUCCCACAAGCUGCAGACUCUGCCAGAGUAGAGUGGUAAAUACUCAAGGGGGUACCCAAGAGAGACAGACACACUAAAAACCAAACCCUAGAAAUGGAGAGACUGGAAGCCAAGAGGAUGAAAGAUGAAAAUCCUUUCCUGAGGCCAGGUUCAGGUUCUGGUUCUGUUCUCCACUUAACCUCCUAUGUUAGAAAGCUGCCCUGGGGGCAUCAGAGCCACACCCCUAACCCCAGUCUCCCUGAAGAUGCUGCUCUGCCAGUAGCAGCAAGUCCCAGGUGGAGGAAGCUAGGCACAUUUAUGGCCACUUCUUCCUGUCUGGAGCUUGGUGACUCCCACUGUCUUUGCCAAAUGAUUUGUCUAUGCCAAUACUAUUUCUGUAACAGUGUAUUAUAUUCUUUGAAGAUUAGUAGGCCUUUGGGGGGUGGGGCAGGGGGCAAUUUCUAUAGAUAAAGGACCAGUGUUUGUUGUAUGACUGUCGGGGGUCAUCUAUGCCGUGUGAAGCUAAUCUUUUUCUGAAUCUUAUUGUUUCUGCAAUUGUGUCCUCCACCACUCCCUUCUUGGCUGACAUUGAUAUGCCUGCCGGAUUGUCAUCAAGGGUUAUACUUCAAUAAAAGGUGCUAAGGACAAAAAAAAAUUAUGUAUUUUCACUGAGGUGAUGGAAAUUCUCUAAUGGUAUAGCACUAAUGCUAUACCAUUCAUUAACCCCAGUAAAAUAAUUUAGGACUCACAAAGAGUCGACAGUAGGUGUAAUUUCAAGUGUAGACCUCAGCAGUAUACAGAGUCCAGUUCUGGAGUCUAGCCUGAUCAGAGAGGUGAGGCACUUUCUAGACCACCUCCAAUCAUGAGUUCUGUCUACUGUUGUGCCCAAGAUCGCGAAUCCGAGAAACCACCAAGGAGCCAACACCAAUGCAAACACACGAGGGUUUAUUUACAAGCUCGAGCCUGGGUCCAAGUAUACCUGACACAGUGGAACAGGGACUUGGACCCCGAGACUAAGAGGCUUAGGGUCCAGUGGCCAAUGGGAUACACAGAAAGUUGCAGUCAUGCUGAUCCACUAGGCUGGAUUUCCGGUUAGGGUGUGCCCUGGUCUUUGACUAGGGCGGGGCAGUGCCCUAAGUAAUAAGUAGGUCAGCACAAGGCGGGUGCAGCACAAAACAGAGUCAGUCCUGCUCUGUUUGUCCAGGGGUAAGGGGCUUUGUUAAAUUUCCUGGGUCCCACAUCUACUAGUAUCAUCUUCUGCUUGAUAGUCCAGUCUCAUAUCUUGCCUCUUAACAACCUGGAAGGCAAGGUUCUCACUGAUCCACUCUCCGAGGUAACUGCAAGGUUUAGACCCAAGUGCACUCCAAGCAGCAACUCUGACCCUGAAAACCUUACCUUUUCCCUCAGUGUAUACAUUAUUUGUAUCCCAAUCAAUCGCCUCCUAUUCCAAAUAUCCUGUGUGGUAGAGAGGAAAGUGCCUAGCUUUGGCGCUCAAAUGAACCAUGUACAAGUCCUGGUUUUUCCAUUUAUCCUAAGAACCUGAGUUAUUUGCUCAACUUUUGAGUUUAUUUUCUUAUCUGUAAAAUGGGAAUAAUAAUAUGUAUCUUGUAUAGUUGUGGCUUUAAAAAUAACAUAUGAAAGCUACCAGCUAUCCACUGUGAAGUUGUUAGAAAGGCAGAAUCCUGGCUCUACCCCAAACCCUUUUAACUAGAUUCCCAGAAGAUUUACAUGCAUAUUAAAGGUUGAGAAGUAUUAACCUAUCACAAACAUGUUCAGUACAUGAAAUCUAUUAUACUAGUCCUUAUUUAUCUAAUUCAUUAUUUUGUAAUCCCAGGCAUAUUAUUGGUCUUCUCAUACUGCUCACAACUACCUACCUAAAUGAGUUCAACAAGGUUGCAGGAUACAAGGUUGAUACAUAAAAUCACUUGUAUCUCUACACUCUAGUAUUGGACAAUUUGGAAACAAAAUUAAGAAAACAAUUCCAGAGGUGCCUGGGUGGCUCAGUGAUUGAAUGUCUGCCUUUGGCUCAGGUCGUGAUCCUGCGGUCCUGGUAUCAAGUCACACAUCCGGGUCCCCAUAGAGAGCCUGCUUCUCCUUCUGCCUAUGUCUCUGCCCCCCUCUCUCCGUGUGUCUCUCAUGAAUAAUGAAUAAAAUCUUUUUAAAAAAUUCCAUUUACAAUAGUAUCAAAAAGAACAGAACACAUAGGAAUGCAUUUAACAAAAGAAAUGUAAGAAUUUUAUACUGAAACUACAAAAUAUUGUUGAAAGAAAUUAAAUAAAAUGUAAAGUUUUUAGAUUAAAAUCUGAAUCUAGUAUUUCGAUGACAAUACUCCCAAAAUCGAUCUACACAUUCAGUUCAAUCCUUAUAAGAAUCCUGGCUGUCUUUUUUGCAUAAAUUGAAAAGUCAAACCUACAAUUCAUAUGAAACUACAAGGGACCCAAAAUAGUCAAAACAGUCUUAAAAAAACAAACUUGGAGAAUUGAUACUUCUCAAUUUCAAAACUUAUUACAGAGCUACAGUAAUCGACAGUGUGUUAUGCAUACAAAGAUAGACAUGUAAAUAAACAGAAGAGUAUUGAAAGUACUGAAAUGGGGCAGCCCCGGGGACGCAGCGGUUUAGCGCCGCCUUCAGCCCAGAGUGUGAUCCUGGUGAUCCGGGAUUGAGUCCCACAUCAGGCUCCCUGCAUGGAGCCUGCUUCUC